CUCGUUUGCAUAUACCCGCACAUAUAAAAACACAAGGGUCAGCUUGAAAGUUCUUAGUUUCCUAACAAUUUUCACACAAUUUUCACAAAAACCCAAAAGUUGCGGUCUCAAAAAAAAGAACGGGCUUUUUUUGCUGCUGCUAUAUUUUGUAUAUCAAUUUGUUGUUUUAUAUUUUUCUUUUCAUCUAAAAUUUCCUGUGCGGGUAUAAAAAUAUUGCAGAUAGUUUUCCAAAAUAAUAUCUUUUUCAAGCAUUUUUCAAAGCUGUGAUAAAGUUCAAGUGAAAAAGAAAAUAGUUCCAAAUCCUUUUUUUCCGUGAAAAUAUAAAGUGGAAAAAAAAAAUAAAUCAUGUUUAUCCCUCGAGGCUGAUUGUCCUUACUAUACACAAAGAGGUUUUCUUUGAAUAAAUCAUUUUGUGCUAAAAAACCAAUCCCGGAAAUAAGAGUUCUUAUUCGUUCUUCUUUGGUUUUUUUUUCUUUUUUUUUUACUUUCAACAUUUUCAAUGUAUUCGAGUUCAUAGUUAUUUCAAGUGCAUCAUGACAGUGGACAUAACAUCAAGGAGCUUGAUUGGGGGUGGCAUAGCUGCGGCUACAAAUGGCCGUAGUGCUGGCGGUAUUACGGGUGGCACCACCAGCAGUACGGGUGUCCCCAAUCCCACAGGGGGUUGCAACACAGCACUGCUGCAAAAGCAAAUGUCAUUCAAGAGCAGUGUUGGUGCAGCAGGCCAGAUAUCAAAGGCCGACGAAAUUGAAGUAAUUGAAAGUGGCAACGCCGAUGGAGCUCACGCGCGAUAUCGCAAGCGAUUUUGUUCAAAUUUGAACGCAACCCUUGGUUGGAUCUGCUGUGCCCCCUGCAUUUGGCUGCGAACCUCAGCGACAGUCCACAAAAUAGCUAUUACAACAGCCACACUUUUGGUAACAUCACUUCUAGUAGCUUCACCGAUAUUAUUUUUAAUUAGCACAGCACCGUCACAACUUCCAAGAGAUUGUUAUUCAGACGAUGAAGACUGUAUGCCAACAAUGGCCCCACCUCCGGAAUGUAAUGAUCCCGCCUGUCGUUUUGCCGCAUCGAGUAUACAAGCCAAAUUAAAUUGGAAUCUAGAUCCUUGUAAGGAUUUCAAAGAAUUUAGUUGUUCAACGACUCAGGUGGCAAGUCUGAGAGCUACCCGCAGUGCUCAGGAAUCUGUUGAUAUACAAAUGCAACAGCUCCUUCAGCACAAUACAACGUCGGGUCCGUUCCGUAAGCUAGGACGAUUGUAUGGAAGUUGUUUACGCCAGACAACUAACUCAUCAACGAUUCAACUUGUCUUGGAGCAUUUGGGUGGUUAUUUACCGAUCGGGGCUCUCGGUCCAUCUACAAUAGCUCCAUUGAUAUCGAAAAUCUACGAAUUAGGUCCGACACCUCUGAUUGAUAUCUACUAUGACUUGAGUUAUGGUCGGAGGCCGCAUGUUUUGCUAAUUAUUGGAGAUCCAGGGACCUCGGCUCCAAUUUUAGAAAAUAAAAUUCGAUGGAUGGGUCCCAAAGCCCCACCGUAUAGAUUAAAAUUGUCAGCUCCAAAGCUACUUAGUGAUGUUUUGGAUAGUUUUCUUCCAUCAGGUCUAAGUUAUGACCAAAAGAUGUCCGAGAAAGAAGCCAUUACAACGUUCAUUGAACAACUAAAUAAGAUUCGUGUAGAACAUUCGAGAAGAGGUUUCUGGAAUAGUUCGGUGCUAUACAACGUGUCAUCACUUCAGGAGAAGUAUCCUAUUCUAAACUGGACAGCACUUAUACCAUGCAACUGGACAGGACCGAUUGUAGUCCGAAAUUCAGAUUAUCUUAAAGCUGUAGAAUUGUUAUUAACAAAAUAUCCCACCAGAGUAUCACAUAAUUCAAUUCUAUUGAUAUUUGCCCUCGGUAUACUGCCACAAGGAUACCCAGAUCCAGCUGUUUGCACGAGAGCUACAAUGUGGGCAUUGCCAGAAAUUACUUCAGCACUAUUUAUAGCUCAGCACUCAUCUGAAGACUUAAGGGAAGUUAUAAAAAGGACAGAGGUUGUUUUUAGAUCGCUCAAGGCUCAUUUAAAAAGAGCGCCGUCUCUUAAAGGGGCGGCUUUAGUCAAACUGUCUGCACUUAAAAUUCAAACAAAUCCAUGGGAAGGUUUUACAAAUUUUACAGCAAUGAUAAAACAACUGGAAUCUAUUGAAAUUACUUCAGAUAAUUGGUUUGAGAAUAUCCUAAAGAUUUAUAAGCGUAACAAAAUUAUUCCAGACUCUGUAACCUUGGAUGUGGAUUCACAUGAUGCAUGGGCAUAUCCUAUUGUUUCCAAAAUCUUUUAUGAUACCCUGAGUCAUUCAAUUGUUGUACCCCUGUCUGUGAUUCUGGUUCCAUAUUUCGAUGCGAAACUUCCGCCAUAUUUGCAAUAUGCCUCAGUUGGUGUUGCCAUAGCUAAAGAAAUACUCCGAUCAAUAACAAAAACAUUCGAAGAAAAAGCAAUGCGAUGUGUUCCAAAAUCUGUCAAUAUAUUUUCCAACUACAGCCGGAUGGAUAUUUUGAUUCAUUCAGGUGGAAUGCAAAUAUCUUAUCAUUCAAUGCUAUCCCUAACAGGUCCCAUCAAGGGAAUGGCAAGGCUUCCAGGCUUAAAUCUUACUCCAACACAAAUAUUCUUCUUAGUAUCAGCACAAGAGUUGUGUGCUGAAUCUUUGUAUGUUGGAAUUGAUACAGAUUCUAGUGAAUUCGGAAACAUAUUGGGAUGGCUUGUAGCUCAAGGUGGUAGUGCUACUGAAGUCUUCAAAUGUCCAAGUGGAUCGAUGAUAAAUGCUCAAAAAACGUGUAACGUUCUAUAAGAUGAACGUUAGUAAAUUUAAACUAAAAACUCUCUCAAGACCCGUAUAAACAUUAUACAUAACCAUAGUCUUCAUAAUAGUCUGUGCACUUUUUAAAAUUUCUUGCUUCCAAGAUCUAGACAACACUAUAAAGGGUAUUUUUCCAAAGUAGAAAACAGUAACUAUCGAGACCAAAAACCAUUCAAUUGUAUAGAUAUGAACAAAAUUAAACAAAAAAAGAAAUUGUUGAACAAAUAUAUUUUUUCUUAGGCACUGUGACACUGUAUACUAUGUAAAAAAAAAAAAAAACUAUGUAGAGUUCAUAUAGAAAGUCUCAAAAUAUAUAAAAGCUGUUUAAAAAUCUAACCUCUAACUCUCAACUUGUC